AUGGAUGUAUUUGGUGGAGCCCCACGGUUUCUGGCGUACCCUCGUCCCGUGGUCGUCCAGAGCGGCACGGAUGCUGUUCUGAAAUGUCAGAUUGGAGGGGAUCCUCGACCGGCGGUAAUAUGGGAGCGAAAUAACAUGAAGAUCCAUCCCGAAGGCAGAUAUCGUGUGUUUGAGGAUGGCAACGUCUACAACCUCAUAAUCACUGCAGUUACGACAGAGGACAGCGGCCAGUACAUCUGCAAGGCCAAGAACAGCAUUGGUGAAACCUAUGCUGCCGCGACAUUGAAAGUGGAGGGUGAAGCACAGGAGAUGGAACUGCGAGAGGAGAACAAGCCUCGUUUCCUCAUUAAACCUCUGUCCACACGAGUAGGCCGCGGUGAGGACGCUGUCUUCUCCUGUAAGCUGUGGGGUAACCCCAGGCCUGAGGUAGUUUGGGAGAAGGAUGGAAGGAAACUGCAUGAGAUCUUUGAGAGCACACAUUUUAGUGUUGGCUACCAGGAUGGGGGAUGGUUCCAGCUAAAGAUAUUCAAGACGAGAGCCCCAGACGGGGGAGUGUACACUUGUAAGGCCAGAAAUGAGUUUGGGGAAAGCUUGGCUGGAGCUGUGCUGCUAGUGGAUGCAGGACCUGGGCAUGAAGAUGAAGGAAAUCGUAAUGGUUAUACCAAUGGCCAUUGGAAGCCUCACCAAGGAAAACAGAGAAGCGGAAGGCAGGUUGCGACACGUCUGAAAGAGGACCCAUUGCCGAAUUCUGCUAAAGUGAAAAUGUUUGCGGUAACAGAAGGAAAACAUGCCAAAUUUCGCUGCUAUGUGACUGGCAAACCCAAACCAGAAAUUAUAUGGAGAAAAGAUGGAAGGCUUAUCUUGUCUGGAAGGCGGUAUCUCCUGUAUGAAGAUCGAGAAGGCUACUUCACACUCAAAGUUCUCUACUGCAAACAGCAGGACAAUGGGGUGUAUGUCUGUGCUGCAUCAAACACUGCAGGCCAAACCCUAAGUGCUGUACACCUAUCUGUGAAAGAGCCGCCAGUGAGGUUUAAACAGCCACUUAGUGAUCUUCAAGUGUGGGAACGAGAUCUGGCCGUAUUGGAGUGUGAGGUGCCAGAGGACUCUGUUCCCAUCACAUGGUACUUGGAGGACAGACGGCUACAGCCUGGGGCCAAAUACUGGAUGGAGGAAUGGGGGACAAAACGUAGACUCACAAUUCGUGACAUUGGAGUUGAUGACGAUGGGAUCUAUCUCUGUGAGAUGGCAGAUGGGGGAAGAAGCAUUGCUGAGGUAGCUGUGAAAGGUACCAUUGUCAGAAAGCUUCCUCGUAAAGUGGAUGUUCUAGAAGGGGAAAAUGCAGCCUUCUGUGUGGAGGUUGAAGAAGAGGAAAUGGAGAUUCACUGGUACAAAGAUGGUGUAGAGCUACGAGAGACUCAUCAGACCAUCUUGAAAUCCUUUGGCAGAACCCAUAUUUUGGUCUUUGUCAACACCACCCCGCAAGACUCUGGCAUGGUAACCUUCUAUGUUGGUAGAUCAAAGACAUCAUCUCAACUAAGGGUGAAAGCGGCUAAGCACAGUCCACCAAGUUGUCCUGUAGGGGUUCAGAUAAACACAGAACGUGCAAAUGCUGCUCUCCUCUCCUGGGUCCCUGCACCAGACUCGCGAAAGAAUCCACCAUCUGGCUAUGUGCUGGAGAGACAGGAGGUUGGGUCUCAGGAGUGGCUGCAGUGUUUGACCACUGACUCAGCGACUUCAGUAGAGAUCCUAGGAGACAGUGUACCAUGUGAGGCGGAUUACCGGUUUCGCAUCUGCAGCGUCAACAAAUAUGGAAGGAGUGGUAAUGUGGAGUUUCCCAGAGCAGUUCACCUCGUUCCAGUGGCACGGAUACAAGCACCAUUACAAGAUGCUUUGGUGCCAGAAGGACAAGAUGCGUGUUUUUCCAUUGAGCUGUCCGCCUCAGUUAUAGGAACAUGGUUUUUAAACGGCAAUCAGCUCCAAGAAGAUGAACGUUUCUCCAUGAGGCGUACCCGUACGCAUCAGUCACUUCGCAUACGAGGAGUGCGAGACACAGACAAUGGAGCUGAAAUUACCUUUAUUGCCUAUGGAAUACGAGAUUCUGCAGCCCUGUACAUUCAAGCUCCAUUGGUGAAAUUCUCACCACUCUCAGAGAUGGAUCGAAACAAGUUUGUUGAAGUUGGUAACCCGAUAGUGCUUUAUUGUGAGUUAUCAGACCCUGAAGCCCCAGUCCACUGGUAUAAGAACGGUGUAGAGUUGCACUCAGGGGAAGGUUUUCACAUCCAAGCAGAAGGCACAAUGAGGAGGAUUGUCAUCCAAUCAGCUGAGUUCUCCCAUUCGGGAGUUUACAGCUGUGAUGCCAUUGAUGAUGUCAUCAGAUUUAAUGUAGAAGUUGAAGCACCUCCUGUUACAUUUGUCUAUAUCCCAGAAGAGGACCUUCACAGAAACAUUGUAGAACAAGACAGCCUUUACCUUUGCUGUGAAGUAUCUAGGGCUGAUGCUCCAACCCAGUGGUACAAGGAUGGGGCUGAGCUCCAGCCUAGUGACACAGUCUCCAUAGAGAUAGAGAACACCAUCCGGAGACUAAUCGUUCAGUCAGCUCAGCUGUCCGACACUGGCACCUACACGUGUCGCGCAGGAGAUAAUGCUCUAAUAUUCAAGGUCAACGUCAGAGAGCCCCCGGUGAUGAUAGUCUACCCUAAAGAGGACGUUCACCUCGAUCGUCACGUUCCUGAGGAGAUUGUCCUGAGCUGUGAACUGUCACGGCCGAACGGGACAGUGACUUGGUUUAAAGACGGACAGAAAUUACAGGAAAGUGAAAACAUAAAACUUAAGGCAGAAGGGCCUUACAGACGACUGAAGAUUCUGCACAGUGGUACUGAGGAUUCGGGAGAGUAUGUGUGUGACACUGCCGACGACUCGAAAUUCUUUUAUCUGAACAUAACAGAACCUCCUGUGCGCAUAGUUUCACCAAGCCAAUCCCAAAUGGAACUUUGCCAGCAAACAUCAGAAAGGAUGGUAUUGAGUUGUGAGAUCUCCAGACCAAAUGCUGCUGUGAGAUGGUACCGUGAUGGACUUCAGGUUGAGGAGAACAGCAAUCUAAUCCUGGAGGUUGAUGGUGUCUAUAGGAGACUCAUCAUCCCUGAAACAACAAUUCAAGAUUCAGCUGAAUAUGUUUGUGACACUGCUGACGACUCCAUGACUUUCUUUGUAAAUAUCGCAGAACCUCCAGUACGAUUUGUUCGUCCAAGAAAAACGGCUUAUAUGGUGGAUAAGUGUGUUGGAGAAACUGUAGCGCUUGACUGUGAAGUGUCUAGAUCAAAUGCUGAGGUGAUCUGGAAGAAGAAUGGAGAAGAGAUUGAAGAAAACAGCACUAUAACCAUAUCUGAGGAUGGCGUCAGCCGCCAAUUAACUAUUCACUCAUCAGUAUUAGAGGAUCAAGGCCAAUAUGUCUGUGAUGCUAAGGAUGAUGUCAUGGAUUUCCUUGUAAAAAUUCAUGAAGCGCCUGUUGAAAUACUUAGGAAAAGCGACAUAAUAACUGACAAGCAUUUUAUGGUAUCGGAUGCCAUUGUUUUAAAGUGUGAGCUUUCUCGAGCUAAUGGCACAGUCACCUGGUUUAAAGACAACGAGCAGAUAGCUGAAAACGACCAUGUCUGCUGUGAAGCCGAGGGGCCAUUCAGAUCCCUGGUUGUGAUGAACGCUGAGAUCAAAGACUCUGGAGAAUAUGUAUGUGAUGCAAUGGAUGAUAAGAUUAUCUUCAAUGUCACGGUACAAGAGGCCCCAGUUACCAUCUUUGGGAGCUCAGGAACCUCAGAACACCACAGCCUGAUUGCAGGAGAUGACCUGAUCCUGGAGUGUGAAGUGUCUCGACCCAAUGCCAAAGUUGAAUGGUAUUGCAAUGGAAAGCUGUUGUGUGAUGACCCACGUGCCCAGACAGAAAGCAGAGAAACACUGAGGAGACUCGUGGUGUCGCAGCUUCAACCCUCAGACACGGGAGAGUACAUAUGUGACGCUGUCGAUGACAAAAUGAUAACUCUGGUGACAGUCAAAGCACCUCGCAUAGUGGAAUUUAUUGCUGAGCUACAUAACAUCACUGUGCUGGAGGGAGAAGCCGCCACAUUUAAGUGUGUCGUAUCACCAGAGGAUGUAAACCUAAUCUGGCGUAUGAGGGGCAAGCCAGUUUCUUCAAAUGAAAAGUUUAAAAUCUCUAGAAAUGGAUUAUGUCACAUGUUUCAAAUUAACAACUGUGCGGUGUCAGACAGCAGCACAGUGACAGCAGAUGCCGAGGGGGUGAUUUCCAAAGCUGACCUUCAUGUACAGGAGGCACAGGUCCUGUUUACAAAGAGCAUGCAGUCAGUGGUGGCAGAGGAGUUUGGAGAGGUGAUACUCGAGGUGGAGGUCAGCCUCGAUUCUGGGGAGGUGCAGUGGAUGAGACACGGAGUGGUUAUACACCCGGGCUCCAAGUUCACCCUGAAGCAGAGUGGCCGGAAACGCACUCUUAUAAUCCACAAAGUCGCCCUCUCUGACCGUGGGACCUACAGCUGUGAAACUCUCCACGAUCGCACACAAGCUAAGCUCAGUGUGGAACCAAGGAAAAUCAAAAUUCAGAAAGGACUUAGUGAGAUCCAAACUUACGAGCGUGAGACGGCUUCCUUUGAGGUGGAAAUCUCACACAGUAACGUGGAGGGCAUCUGGCAGAAGGAUGGAAGUCGCCUUAAGAACAACAACCACUGGCACAUCACUGCCAAAGGAAAAGUGCACGGCCUGACCAUCUCAAACCUGACCUUAGAGGAUACGGGCACCUAUAUGUUCAGCGCUGAGAAUGCCAAAUCGUCUGCCAGACUCACUGUCAAAGAGACUCCAGUGUCAGUCCUGAAAAAACUGGAAGACGUCUCUGUGCCCGAGACUACUGGAGUAACCUUGGAAUGUGAGCUGUCGAGGCAUAAUGUUGAAGUUAAGUGGACAAAGACUGGGGUGGAGCUGAAACCAGGGAAGAACCAUCGAAUCUACUCCAUGGGGAGAAAACGCUUCCUCCAGAUUCUGAAAUCUGAACUUGUAGAUUCUGGCCUAUACAUGUGUGAUGCUGGUGACAGCAAAACAUCUUGCUCUGUGGAGGUUUAUGAGCGACAGCUGGAAAUAUUACAGAGCCUGGAGGACCUGGACAUUCAGGAGGAUCAGAACGCCGUUUUUAUGUGUGAGGUGUCCCUGGAUGAUGUCCCAGGAGAGUGGUUCAAGAACGGAGAAAGAAUUAAACCCACUAGUACCAUCAGGAUCCGUCAGGAAGGCACCAAGCACUUUCUUCUUAUGUGCAAUGUGAGGGGGGAAGAUUCUGGAGAGAUUAAGUUUGUUGCGAAGAGUGUUGAGUCCAAAGCUCACUUGGAGGUCCAAGAGCUCCCUGUGAACAUAGUGAAGCCGCUUCAGGACAAGUCAGCGCUGGAGAAGAGCCGUGUAAUACUGGACUGCACUGUGUCCAAUCCCCGCUGCAGUAUCCGCUGGUAUAAGGGCAGCAAUGUGAUCUUACCCUCCGAGCGCUUCGAGAUCUGCAGCGAGGGCUGCUAUCGCAAGCUUGUCAUUCAGCAGGUGACCCUGGAGGAUGAAGGCACUUACAGUGUCCAAGUUGGGGACUACACGUCUUCAGCAAAACUUACUGUGGAAGUGCAGUCGGCGCAGAUGGUGCGAGAGCUGCAGGAUGUGGAGGUGACCGCUCCUGACGAGGUUUGCUUUGCCUGUGAGCUCUCCAUGCCCGUCGUCAAAGCCGCCUGGACCCUGAACGGGGAGGUCCUACAGCCUGGGCCCAGGGUUCUGCUGGAGAAAAUGGGCACCGUUCACAGACUCACCCUCCGACAGACGUCAGCUGAUAUGAACGGCAUCGUGGAGUUCACUUCAGGAAAAGCAAAAAGCAGUGCCAAGCUACAUGUUAAAGGUGACCUUUGA